AUGCCCGGCGUGCCAGGAGCACCGGGAACUCCGGGUGCUCCGGGUAGAGAUGGCUUCAAAGGAGAGAAGGGUAGCAUCGGAAAGCGAGGAUCACAAGGCGCUGUAGGAAUCCCAGGGAAAAUUGGAUCACGGGGCCCUGAAGGCUCCAAAGGGGAGGCGGGCAAGAAAGGAGAAAUUGGUAAGAUGGGAGCAAAAGGAAGUACGGGUACCCCUGGGAACACUGGCCCAAGGGGCUUAAAAGGAUUCAAAGGAGAAAGAGGCUUCAUGGGAAUAAAAGGUAGUAACGGUAUUCCUGGGAACGUUGGCCUCAGGGGGUCAAAAGGAUCCAAAGGAGAAAAUGGCAUCGGAACAAAGGGAGACAAAGGAGAUGUAGCAAACAUGGACCCAAGACAGAGAGCUAAUUGGAAACAAUGCGCUUGGCGAUCGGGAACGGAUAUUGACAGCGGUAAAAUAAAGGAAUGUUCUUUCAACAAGCUGCACGACAACACCGCUCUUAGAGUCUCCUACCAGGGAAACGUUUGA